CAGAUUAAUUCAAUCAUCAAACAACUCAACAAGUUAUCAAACAAUCAAAUAUGCAAUUCUCCUCCAUUUUCUCCAUCGCUGCUCUUGCUGCUAUUGCCACUGCAUCUCCAAUCUUCAAGGUUAUUACCAUUAGAUCUGGCUCUGAAUUCCAAUACCAAAACAUCAUUCAAAAGGAUGGACAGUUAUACGUCUCUGCUCAAGACUCGCCAGUGACUCUUAUCUUGGACACUUCUGAUGGAACUUUGAGCGACAGUACCACCCGUGAAUACAUCCAAGUCCUUGACACCCUCUUCUACGAAACCAACAGAAAGGAUGCAACUAAGGGUUUCGCUAUCAAGGACGGUUAUUUGACUCUCAACGACGAGGCCUUCUAUGCAUGUGGUGCUGGUCACAACGAGUACAAGUUGACCACUGCUUGCUCAACUGAUGAGCCUCUUGCCCUCAAGGUUGUUGACCAAUCUGACACCAACUAAAUUAGUUUGCAUUGAAAGUAUAAAAUUA